AAAUUCCCCACGGACUUGAGGUCGACAAGACCUGCAUUUCAAUGGUAAUCUUGAGUCAGUUUCGUGUCCUGGCAGCAGUAAGAUGGUUGUUCCGCUUAAUUUUAGUGUCGUCGCGUGUUUGUUUGUUCUCGUUCAUUGUGCAGCUAGUUUGUAUGAAGGAGACAGCUGUACCUUAAAAAACGGCAACGGAGGCACCUGCAAGUACCUGACGCACUGCCCUGCAGCUCUGCAGCUUCUGCAAUCGGGAGUCUUCCCAGAAAUAUGCGGAUUCGAAGGGACGCAAUCGAUCAUUUGUUGUGAAGGUGCUGCAGGAGGAAAGAAAACUACUAGUACCACCACGACAACCACCAAGGCCCCUACUAGGAGAACUACUACCCAUGAACCGGAAGUCACGAGUAAAGUCACGGUCACCAACAGGACACCUGGGGAAGUAAGCAAACAAAAAUGCAAGGAAUACGCCCAAUACGCUUACGACAGGUCACAAUCUCCGACACUGUCCAUCAUUCCACAUUUUGGAAACACUUUGGAGUGCGCCUUCGAGAAAUUACAGCUUAUUGUUGGAGGUACGUUGGCGACAAGGCAAGAAUUCCCUCAUAUGGCUCUUAUCGGGUAUAAAACUGGAGAUGAAAUUGUUUGGGCAUGCGGAGGCUCCCUCAUCAGUGAAAAUUUCGUUCUCACCGCUGGACAUUGCCUGAAAAAUCAUCAACUGGGUUCAGCCGCGUUGAUAAGAGUCGGCCUAACGAACCAAUCCGACCACGCGCACAUGCAAGAACGAACAGUUAACGAGGUCAUCGCGUAUCCAGAAUACUCCUUCAGCAAAUACCACGACAUCGGCCUCUUGAGGCUUUCCAAAAAGGUCAACCUUGACAUCUACGCCCGACCGGCGUGCCUUCAGACGCAAAAGAACAUCCCUUUCAAAAAGGCCAUCGCGUCAGGAUGGGGAAGGGUCGAAUAUUCAGGAGAAGGGAGCAACGACUUGCUGAAAGUAGUCCUGGAGUUUUUCAGCUUGGAUAAGUGCAACGCCACUUAUAGGAGGGACAUCAUCGCUCCUAAUUCUAACCUCAAAAAUGGAAUCAUCGACGAUUUGAUGGUCUGCGCUGGGUCUUCUAAAGAACUGAAGGACACAUGUCAGGGAGACUCUGGAGGCCCGCUUCAAGUGUAUCAUGACGAAUCGCAAGGGGUCAAAUGUAUGUACGACAUUGUAGGAGUGACGUCCUUCGGAAAAUCUUGCGGUUUGGCCAAAAACAUUCCAGGCGUGUACACCAGAGUAUCGGCUUAUAUAAAGUGGAUAGAAGACACCGUUUGGCCGAACUAAAUAUGUGAUUUAAUUUUAUGUUCUUAAUGAGUGUGAUAUAUGAUAAUAGUUGUAGUAAAAGAAACAUGUUAAAUAUUUUGUUGCGAUAUCGAAUAAACAAAACUCUUGUUUUUUAAAAUGUUA